UAUGUUUCAGAUGAGUCCCUCUGUAAAAAAGUGCUACUUCUUCAAGUUGAGUUGUAUCUCUGUACAUAUCAGCCUGAAAAAGCCAUGGGUUUGUUAACAUAUAUUGAAAAAAAUGUGUUCAACGGUAAAAAUAUGUCUGCCGAAAAGGAAAGUUCAAGUAGCAAAGAAGACAGUAAGGAAGGUUCGCCCACUAGUGAGUCAUCCUGGGAGACCUGGAAACCUAUACUUAGUGUGUUUAAGACCAGAUGUUUUAUCAUGAUGAAGUCCAUGAAAUCAGUGAAAAGAGAAAUCAAAGUGUUAAUGAAUGUUCAAUCUUCAAAUACAUCAGUAGUGUUCUUAAAAGCAAAUUUUGAGUAUUUGAGAGGAAACUACAGGAAAGCAAUGAAAAUGUUGGGAUCUGGUCCACAAAUGUAUACAGAUAAAGGAGAAUGUCUGACGGUGAUGCAUUAUAAUAAUUUAGGAUGUAUACAUUUUCACCUGCGUAAACACAACCUAGGUGCGUUUUAUUUCCGCAAGGCGAUUCAGGAAAACGAGAAUGUUGUACGAGAAAUGAGGCGAAGUACCGAUCAACAGAAUAGACAACAUGGAGGUACCAAGUCGUUGUCUGGACGACCAUUGCACUGUCUAGGAAUGAGCCGCCAUUUUGAACUCAUGUACAAUAUGGGUAUUCAGCUGUUGCAUUGUGGGAAGGCCCUGCCAGCAUUUGAAUGUUUGAUAGAGGCGGUACAAAUUUAUCAGAUCAACCCACAUUUGUGGCUCCGCCUUGCCGAGUGUUGUAUCAUGGCGUAUAGAGAGAACAAUGAAGAUGAUAGAAAGUUACAGAAAAGACAGGAGGUUAUACAGGGAUCUGUUGGAAGUGGUGUACAUAGAAAGCUUAUCCUUGGACCCGGGGUCAACCAGGAUAAAAACAGUGUUGGUACACCAGCUAUACCGGCAGCUACUCUAGAGUUUGCCUCGCUGUGUUUGAGGAACGCGUUACUGUUGCUACCAGAGGUGACUGCUGAAACAACGGCUGCAGAACAAAAUGAAGAUAAAGAAGAUGGAAAACUUGGCACUGAGCCAAUUUUAGUACAAGCACCACCUGGAAACCCUAUGAGGACACAAGAGGUACACAAUCUCAGAUGUUCCGUGCUAUGUGCUAGUUCCUAUGUUGCCCUAUGUUUGAACGAUUAUACAAUGGCGCUGCAAUAUGCUGAAACCCUUCUUAAACAACCAAAGUUAUCUGGUGCUCAAAGUUACCUGGCCCACAUGUAUAUGGGAGAGGCCCUGGUAGCAUUAGAUCGUAUAGCUGAUGGUAUACAACAUCUCAACCCGGAACUAGUCACUGAUAUAUCAACUACACUGCCAGAUACUAAAACAGAACAAGACAAAACAGACAAACUAGAUAAAGGUGACAAAGAUCUGGAAACACCAGAAAUUAAAGGGGCAUUCUAUCCAUGGACACCUAGAGAUCCACGCACAGCCAAAGCAAUAAUACAGUAUAACUUGGCGGCAGCACAUGCAGUAAGGGGAGAGUAUGACAAAGCUGGUGCUAAUCUAGGGGAGAGUUCCAAGUUUAUAGGAGCACCUUUGCCAGCCCAGAUGUAUUUCCUUAAACUCUACCUAGAUCUGAUAGAAGGGAGAAGGAAGGUGGCUCAAUUUGUUAUUAAAGAACAUUUUGGUCAUGUGACCCCGAAUAGAUUUGAUUAUAAAAUGGAAAUGAAAAUGGCUUCCAAACCAGGAAGUAAUAAUAACAGUUCUUGGACCACAGAGUAAUCAGAAUAACGGUUGUAACAAAAUUGUGUGUAAUGCAUGAUAACAAAUUUGUCUGAAUAUGGAUCUAUUCUUUGGAUUUUUUUGGUUGCAAGAUAUGAGAAAAGAACAGAAAAAUCAUGAAACACAUUCGUGAAACACGAAUGAUUGAAAUAAUGAUGGAAUAAAUUUUUUACUCUGAUGUUUUAAUUACACCUAUCAUGUUUUAAAGUACAAACAUGAAGAAAUAAUUGUGUUCAAAAACAUCUUUGUUGAUGCAUUUUCAGUUUAAGAGGUUGCUUAGUGAAUAAUGAACUAACAAAAAUUGCAAUAAUCUGAUAUUGCAACAUACAUUUAACAGUAUUUUCUAUUUAAAAAGGUCUGAACACCUAUUUCCAUAGGAUUACAGUUAUUAAAAUUACUGUAGUAUUACAUUCUAUGUAGAAAUGUAAAAUCAUUGUGGACAUCCUUUUGUUUUUAGGUUUUGUUGAAAUUUUGUGAUAUCUAUGGCUGUGCAUUGACCAUUAUUAUGUUAAAAUGAUAGACAGAAGAUAAAGAAUAAAUUGAUCAUGGUA